AUGGGAACUCGUCUUGGUGUAGUGAUAGAUGGUUUUAUCGCGGUUGAUAAUUUUCGAAUAAAAUCAGAAGACAUCAAGUACUAUUUUUUAACACACGCUCAUUCUGAUCACUAUUGUUCUCUCGAUAAUAAGUGGAAUAGUGGGAUUAUAUAUUGUUCACCCAUAACUGCUCAAGUACUUCCACUUGUGACUCAUCGGUCCAGAUCUAAACGAUGUGGUGUAAAUAAAAAUUUUAUUCGAACUCUGGAGCUCAAUGUAUGGCAUCGUAUGGAUGGCUUCUCAGUGAUGUUGUUAGAUGCCAAUCAUAUUUUUGGUUCUGUAAUGUUUGUUUUCGAAGGUGAUCGAAUUCCAAAUGGUCGUACUCUUGUUACUGGUGAUUUUCGAGCAGAUACUCAAUUUUAUCAAAAUGUAUUUGCAAUGUCAAUCUUACAAGAAGUAAGCAUAUUUAAUGAUUUAUUUUACUUGGAUGCUACGUAUAUUAAUUGCACACAAAAUGAAUUCCCUAGCCGAGAAGCUUCAACAGCUGAAAUUUGUGAGCUCGUGAAUGAGCUACAAAAAAAUGGUUCAAACCCAAUAACAUUUAUUGUUCCGAAAAUCGGUCGUGAACAGUUGCUCGUUGACGUUGCUACCAAAUUUAAAGUAUGUGAGAUUUUGCAAAAAUAA